UAGAGUAUGUUCAUUUGCCUUUGAUUUAUUGGUAGAAAGAUUAAUUAAUACUCCACUUGAGUUGAGAAGGAAACGUUCACAACAAGCUAAAAAAAGAUUUGGCAAACUAUAUAAUAAGUAGCAACUUUACACACAAAAAAAAUCAAAAUGAAGAUUAUCAAAAUAAAAAACUGUAUAUCAUCAAUUUCUGCAAAUGAAAUGAUUCUAAAUGAAGAACUGAUGAUAGAAAUUUUCCUACGUCUUCCAGUAAAAUCACUCGUACGAUGCAAAUGCGUGGCGAAAAAAUGGAAUAAUCUCAUCACUAGCCCUGAAUUUACCCGUCUCAGAGUCCCCUGUUUCAACCCUGCUCGUGGCCUAUUUUUGCUCUGUCAUUCUUUCUUGAUCAACCCUUUUCACGAAUUCGUUCCCUUCACCCUCGAAAAUCCAAUUCAAUCACCAUUCCACAAGCUCAUUUUCGUAGACGAUCCUUAUGGAAUCAGAAUCUUGCAAUCUUGUAAUGGACUUCUGCUAUGUUGUAGUUUUCGCGUUCGUGGACCUAAUGAAAAUUACUAUGUGUACAACCCAACGACACAACAAUUUGUCACACUUUCGAGACUGGAAGGGCAUGGACAAAUUUCCAAGGCUGUAAUUGGGAUGAAACUAGCGUUUGAUCCAUGGAAAUCCCCAAAUUACAAAGUGAUUUGCAUUCGUUUAUCUGAUGAAGUCUUUCCUGAUGAUCAACACUAUCAGGUCGAGAUUUAUUCGUCUGAAGUUAAGCAAUGGAGGGUCGUGGGUUCACCUUUUCUAGCUCGUUACGAUAUAGGAUUCAAGUACACUGGAGUUUAUUGGAAUGAUGCAAUUUAUUGGGAAUGUGGUGACAACUCGUUACGUUUCAAUGUCGAACAAGAAAUGUUUGAUAAGUUUCCCAUGCCUGACAAUAAGGAGAGCAGAGUUGCUUAUUACGGAGAGUCUAGUGGGCAUUUGUAUCUAGUACUAGUGUGUAAACGUCAGAAACUCAGUUUCUAUGACAUUUACGAGAUGAAUAGUGAUGGCACAGAGUGGUACGUGAAGUACCAAGUGAAUGUUGAAGAUGUUGUUAACGCGUUCCCUCAUAUGAUUCAACGUUAUCAUGAUCCAACAGACUGGAAUCACUUAGCCAUGAGUGUGCUUUGUGUUGUUAGAGGGGAGAAAGAGGAGGAGGAGGAGGCCUUCAUGAUUUUGCACAUUCCCAAAAUGAUUAUACGUUAUAACUUGAGGGAUAACACAUUCUACAAGCUAUGUGAAUUUGAAAAUAAGAGUAUUGAAGAAAAUCAAUUUGAGGAUGAAGAUGAAGAUUAUGAGGCCCCUAUUUCCCUGCAAUUUAAUAGGUUUGGUGCUUUCCAAUAUGUUGAAUCUUUAUUUUGUAUGUGAAGUCAUCUACUUUUUUUUUUUGAUAAUGUAAUUGGAAAAAAGAUCAUAUUUGUCUUCCUGAAUUAUGUCCAUUAUUUGAUUUUCAAUGUCCAACUUGUUGUCCAUUAGUUUCUUCAUUUUCUCCAUAAGGAAAUGGUUUUUGAUAUAAUAGUAAUAAAUUAUCAUUAGCUAUUGGUGUGUGGAGUAGUACUAUAUAAGCAUAUAUUUAUUCGGCCUAAAAUAAUUCACUUAGAAAUUAUUUAAUGUUAUUAAGAAAAAAAAGGUGGUUGUUGAAUGAGAGUAAUACUUGCACUAGUUCGUUUAUCAAUAGAUAGCUUUUAUUAAUUUUAUUUUUGCUACUUUCUUUAAUUAUCUCAAAGGCAUUUUCAAAUUACUAAAGAGGAGAAAUUGAGGAUUCAUUGACUUUAACUGUUAGGGCUCGUUAGGUUGUGAACUAAAUAUUUUAGAAUUAAUUAUUCUGAGGUUAGUUAUCUUGGGAUAACUUAUUCCACGACUUUAUAUGAAAUAAGUUAUCUUAUUACUAUGAUAAAAAUGGUGAAAUAAAUUAUUCCAUAAACAAAUAAGACACCAAAUUUUUAUUGCAAGAUUAUAUAUUUUUAUUCCUCAUACCAAACGAUCCCUUCAUUUGUUUGAAAAGACGGGAACGGCUCAAUAUACAUAAAUUUGAAGGACUAAAUAAGUGCUGGACUAUACUUGAACGUAGGGGUGACAAAAUCAAUAUAAGGAUUUAUUGAUGAAUAGGGAGUAGCUUUGGUUGAACCACAUGUUUUCUGAUGUAUUAUAUAAA